AGCAGCAGCAGCACAGAGAGGAAGGGGCUUGGAGAUCCAGGGAAGUGUCAGCAGUUGUCUGGGAGUCUUUGCCGGGCCGCCCAGAAGAGGCCUGACGUGAUGCUCAGUUCCUUGUACACAAAGUUAAUCGCUCGGCUAGACCAGCUGAAGCAGUGCUUUGGCCGGCCGGCGGCUGAGGCCAAGGACACGGACACGCUGGUGCGCGAGGCCGACAGCCAGUAUGGCACCUGGAGUGACCAGCGGCACAGCGGGGACAGCUUGGUGCCAGAAUCGCCUUCCGCGGAAAGCCACGUGGCCUCGGCCCGGAGGCAGCAGCCCCCCAGCAGCCGCCUGUCGUCCUUCUCCUCCCAAACUGACCCGGCCUCCACGCCUGACCUGCACGACUCCCCCCGGGACCAGAGGAGCACCAGUCUGGACCGCUCCAGCACGGAUCUGGAGUCCGCCGAUGGCACUGAAGGCCCGGGCCCGGCAGAGGCCGGCCCAGACUUCUCCUUCCUGGAGCAAACGGCGGUGCUGGACUCCAGUGCCCUGAAAACCCGGGUGCAGCUAAGCAAGAGGCGGCGCCAGCAUCGAGCUCCCAUCUCCCACCAGCUCCGGAGAAGCAGUGGGGGAGACGCCGAACCGCGGCCCUCCACGAGGGAGGAGGCAGCAGGCGGCGCCUGGAUGUUCAAGGAUUCCACAGCCGCACACCUUGAUUAUGAAGGAAAAUCGGCCAAGCCCGAAGAGUCGGAGGAGAAGGUGGUGGAGGAGGAGGGGAAGAGGCACCCGCCCUCGGAGAAGCUGCCCGCCUCCCAGCCCCAGCAGCGGCUGCCCGUCUUCCCUGGCCUGGACCACUCGGCCCUCAAGGCUCAGCUGAGGAGGAGACAAGAGCCGGAGGGAGCCGGGGACAUCAGUGCCGUGCAGCUGUCCCGGUCUCCAAAAUCCAUGUUCCAGUCUGGAGGCCCCGGGGUCAGAGUGCUGCCGGCCGGCACCGAGAAGGAGGAGAGGCUGGAGGAGGCCUCCCCGCCUCCACAGUGGCUGAAGGAGCUGAAGUCGAAGAAGAGGCAGAGCCAGUACGAGAACCAGGUGUGAGGCGGUCCGGAGACACGGCGGGGGGGCCUGCGCGAGGGGCAGGCGAGCAAAUAACUCUGGACACGUUCAUGGCAGAUUGGCCAUGGUGGUUAAGUGGAGCCUCUGUGUUCGGAGGAAGUCUACCUCUCGAGGGCCAGAUCCGGGGGACGAAGCAAGGAAGGUCCCACUUGCGGGUCAUUCAGAGGCCUCAGACUCGCUCCCGCUGGAAGGGGGAUGUCGGCACAGUGGGGGGCCCCUAGCGUGAUCCAGCCCACUCCUGACGCCGGCAAGCAAGCCACCCCAGAGGGGAAGGCGCAAAGGAAGACGGCACUCCUUUCCAGACGGGAAGCAGGAGACAAAGUCAGCUGGAGACCCCGGAAGCUGCGUCUUGAACCCGGCUCCCUCCAUUCUGCACACCCCGGGGGAGGGGAGAGGCAGCCCAGCCGCGUUUUCCGUGUCCUCCAGAGGAGGUGUCUGCUUUGCUUCGCCCCCACCCCCCACCCCCUCUGUCUGCCCCACCUUGACAGCUGCAGAGGGCCUUCCUUUGGGGGAACGACACGGACACGGUCACAGAAGCCUUAAGUCGCCCAUAGCCUCCCAGCCUGCUGCUUUCUGCCUCGACCACUCCAUGCCCAGUGCCUUCCCUGGAGGAGGAAGACCACCUCCGUCUCCCCCUGAAGACUGUGGGGUCCGGCCUCCUCUGCACAUGCUGCCGCCGGGUGCCUGCAGGGGGUGCUGUUGCACUGCGAAGCCAAGGGCCUGGGUGGGGGGAGGCGUCGAGGUGGCGGGUGGGUCCCGGGAGGCCUUGCCUCUUCGAGUGAAUGAGCGGGCGAUGCCUUGGAGUGGCCUUUGUGGCGCUGUGGGGAAGGGAGGCGAAGGUGGGGUGGGUGGGAAGAAAACCAGGCUGUGCUCAACUGCUGCAUUGGGAAGGAAAUUUGACUGCUGACUGUUUUUAGAGUAUAUUUUGGAUCGCGUCAGGGUAAUGUGAUUGGUGGGUCUGCUGCCCGGACCAGGAUGAAGUGUUUUUUUGUUUGUUUGUUUCCUUAGGCUCAGAGGAGGUUUUGUUUUCCUUUCUGUGCGUCGCAGGUAUUGCGCCAGCACUUGGGAUAAUUGCUUUAUGAUGAGCUUUCCCGUUCCUAGGAGAGGAGCAAAGCAAUAAAGUCGGAGAGUCCACAUUAACAUAGGCUGUAACUAAUCAGUUUUCUGUUCUGCUUGGCCAGCGAGAGAGAGGAAGGGAGAGGAGAUCCGCUGGGGCAGUUAUCAGGGUUGCACCAGAACCGCCGGGGCGUCUUGCUGGGAUACCUUUUGCUGUACAUAACAAGGGUGGGGUUUUUUUUGUUUGCUUGCUUAUUUGUGUUUCAAAAGUUCAAGGGCAGAAGCGUUUUUUUCCCCCUUCCUCACAGUUGAUAACCCUGUGGAGGAUGUCAUCUGAGGAAGUGUGCACGCACACGAAAGCUUCCGCCCAGAAUUGAACUUUGCUGCUCUUAAAGGUGCCGCCGCUCUCGGACUGUGUGUCCCCCCCUGUGGAGGAGGCCAAGGGAAGCACCCAGCCCGCUGGCUCUGCUCUCUGUGGCCCCCUAGUGGUCACUGGAGGCAGUUUCCGCUCCCUGCGUGGCGGGGCUCUCUAAAGACGUGUCCUGAAGCGGCCAAGGUGAAGUGUGGCUACACAAAGGCCCCCACCUGUCUGUCUUCUGUGGCCGGGUCUCUGACCCUCGCCCCCCUCCCCACCGCCGCAGUCUUCUAGGAGCAUCUUUGUUAGAGCAAGUAUGGCCAAAUGUCGCCCCUCGGCAAGACCAAGAAGGAAACAGCUGGUCAAAUCUUCUUAUUCAUUGUCUCUACUAUUGAAAUCAGCCUGCCAGGCUGCCUGGGAAUUGUAUUGUUUGCAAAUGUGCUGAUAACAAUGAGUGUCAAUCGUGACUGAUCUAUGAUUGUAACUAAGAAAGAAAGAAAGAAAGUUAGAGCAAGUAAACAAGGAAGAGCGACAGGAGUUCUCACCCCCUCACCCGCGAGAUUUCCCCACAUGAGGGAACCGAGCCCAAUACUGCUUCCUUUCCUCGUAUCAGAGCCCCCCUGCCCUCCCUCCCUCCCGGCCAGGCCCCCCACGGUGGACUGCAGAAUUCGGGGAAGGCUGAAUCUGUCCACGCCAAAACUUGGGAAUGGAAGUUGGUCCUCCUGCGGAGGGUGGGGGGGCGGGCUGCCGGCGCGGGGGCAAGCUUGGGCACCACCCUCUGACUCUCAGCCUCCACCAAGCUCAUGCCAAUCCGUGAGGAGGAAGAGGCCGCUGUCCCACUCGGCCGGCAGUCCGGGCUCCUCCCGUCCCCUCUUCUUCCCACCCCCCAUCCCGGCCUGGACGCUCGCCCACCAAGGGAGCUUUGUCCUCACUCCCCUCGGGAAGCGGCCGCUCUGCUCCCCGGUGAGCUCCGCCUGCGCCUCAGAGCCCCGUGGAGCUCCCGGGGCGGGGGACGUGGCCGCAGUCCGUCCUGCGCAGGUCCCCGCCCCAUGCCCUCCCCGAACCAGAACUUUUCCAAAGAUGCCAGCAAUCUUGUGUGUCUCUCUCGCCCCACCCCCACCCCACCCCCAUAUAGUUUGUUCCUGGAACCAAGAAUGUAUUCCAAAGCUUAGUGCUUUGUCCUUUUCAUGCAUGGCCCUCGCAUGCACCCCCCUGGUGCGCGUGAUGCUGGGUCCUCUCUGCUGCUAAGCAGCCCUCUCUGCACUGGUGUGUGUGUGGGGGGGGGCUGUUCCUCUGAAAGUUCAAGAGAUGCUGUCGGCCAGCCCUUCCCUUCCCUUUACUUCCCUUCCUUCCUUCAUAACGCCUGCUGCUGCUGCCUGCUUGCUUAGUGAGGGUCUCUUUGGCAUUCUUUUGCCCAGUGUGUGUGUGUGUGAGAUGUUUGUUGGUGUGAUGUGUCCUCAUGUGAACACCAAGAUGUUCCUGACGGCGUUGGCCAUCUUGCAUUUCAUUAGCUGGUGUGUGCGUGUGUGUUUUUUAAGUGUCUGUUUUACUGUAUUUUGUUUUAUGCUCCUGUGUGAUUUUCCUCUUACCUGUAAAGUGUACGUCAGCCAUUUUCCCUCCGACACUACUGAGCACAUGCACACAUGCGCACGCACAACUGCCUCCCCUCCCACCCCCUCCCACCCCUUGGCGGCAGCAGCCCCCGCUGGGGGGGCCUCGUGCAGGCCAACAGCAUCUCCUUGCUGCCCGAGGGGCGGGGCGCUGGCCAUGUGCGGGAAGCUCAGGUUGGACUUCCCCGGUGAGCCGAUGGGCUUGAGUUGGGGUCCGGGCAGGCCCCUCCGGCUCUGUGCCCCCCCCCCCGGUCCCUCCUUUGUGCUUAGGGCAGGGCACUCAGAUUCUAUAGUUUUACUACAAAGAAAUGUUUGAACUUUCACUAUGAUUAAAAACAAGAC